AUGGCUCACCAGGAGCUGAAAAAGACCGCCACUCUUGUGGUGGACCAGGCGAGGGAGGUGGCAGUGGAGAAGGUGACCUGCCCCAUUUGCUUCGAGGCACUGAGCGACUACCCAGAUAAGGUUGGCGCCCUCACCUUCCAGUGCAAACGCGUCGAAGCUGCCCUGUAUCACAGCUCCUGCGUGCUGGACGCCGGCACGGGCAAGUUGAUCUUCCAAGCGGAGAACGGGAGCAGCGUGAGCCCUCUGACGCGCGUACGGGUGGAUGGCUUUCAGCUUAUGCCAAGCCUCACGAAAGGAAAGGCGUGGGCUUCCUUUGUGAACUGGGAGCAAGGGCCUUUGGACGUGAAGAAGAUCUCAUGUGCGGUUUCUGCGCUCCUGCCAGUGGAUGAGUGUGAUGCACGGCGCUUUGUCUUGAUGGAGCUCGGGCUAUCCGAGGAUCAUCCCGACAACACGGAAAUCAAGCAGAAGGAAGUGGUCGACUACUUGCUACCUUCCAUGCGACGUCAGCUCCGUCGCCUUAUCGGUGAAGCCCCGAAGCGAAACGCACCCGCACUCUGUCCGAACUCGGACGAGGGAGAGCUGAAGCAGUGGUUCCAGUUCUGGGAUACCCGGAACUCGGGCUUCUUAGACCAUGCUACUCUGCAUCUGGCCGUGACGACGGCCUUCCACACGGCCCUGGCCAAGUCUGCCGACCCCUCGACGAAGCUGGCGGUGGCAAAUGCCUUCUUUGCGGAGAUCGGGCUCCGGGAGUGCGAGGCAGUGAGCAUGGAUGACUUCAUGGCGAAGCUGGCGCCACAACUCCUCGCCAACCUACCGGUGGCGUAUGGUCGAGGGUGGCCUUCCGGAGCCCCCAUCGAUCCUAAGCAGCCACUGACGCUGAAGCUUCGAGAGAUGCGAUCGGGGGUGGAGCGCCCCGUCCAGUUCGACGUGGCUGGAGAGGUGUUGAUUGGCGAUCUGCGCCGUGUGGCACAUCGGCGUUUUCCCGUCGUCCUGGCUCGGAGGGAGGUGAAGCUUUAUGUCAUGGGGCAGCUUCUCGAAGAUGACAUGCAGCCCCUCUUCAAUGUCCGUGGCAUCCACGACGGUGCCACAGUGAACUUCAUGCCAGGCAAGCACAGCGCAGAGUCUAAGGAGCCGUCGCUUUGCGCCACACAGUGCAAGCAGAAGCUGCGGAUGGGUGAGAAGCUGAAUCACAACGAUCUGCGCUUCAGCGACCUAGAGGACCUAGACACGGACGACCCUGAUGGGCUCGAGGUCGAUGCCAACCUGUCUCUCCGCUCCUCUGACAAGAGGUCCUUCUCCAGGCAGGUUUCGCCAGACUCAACAUCCUCGAAGGCCUUGGGGGACGACGUCGUCGGGAAGCAGCUUUCCACGGGGAGCCAGAAUUCACUACCGACUCGAAUGGCUUCGAACGGUUCGGCGAAGAAGGUGUCUCCCGAUGUUCGGAUGGUCAGUGAAAAGAGGCAACGUAUGUUGAAAGACGUGAAGAAGUCGACAGAGACGAUGCCCAGGGUCUCCAAGACGUGUCCACUGCUGCUGGAUAGUUGGUCGCCAGAUCCGGAGUGGGCAAUGCCCAGUAGCAAAGAGAAGGCCAAGGUUCCGAAGGGCUUGCUCCUUGAGGGCAUCAUGGACAGCCCGCGCGCCACAGACACCCGCCCCUCCACUGCAGAGACGGCCCUCCGUGCAGAUGGAGAGACAAAGGAAGCUUCUGCCAAACCGCAAUUCCGCAAGAUGCGAACGGGUGCCACAGAGCUACCAGACGACUGCGAUGACUCUGUGGGCGUCUUGUUCGACUCUGACGACGACGACACUGGUCCCAUGGCCUUUCGCACGCUUUCCCUCCGCUCACGGGCCUCUCGCGCAAGCGCCGGGUCCAGUUUGCUGGAGCCGCUGCCGGAUGAAGAUGGCAUCACAUCACCACUGUCCGCACUCUCCACUGCUGAGCCCUGGAAGGUGGUGCCUUCCCUUGGCUCUGACCAGCACGGCACUGGCCUUUGCAAGCCCUGUCUUUGGUUCUGGAAGCCGCAAGGCUGCCAAAAGGGACACAGUUGUUCCUAUUGUCACCUCUGCCCCCAGAACGAGUUUACGGUCCGGAAGAAGCUGACGGCUCGAGCAUUGAAGGCCGUGGGGAGAGGGCCUAUCCGGCUUACAAACAAAAGAUUUAUGGUUUAG